UGUCUCUCUCCAUCGAGCUAACACCCACCGUCAGAUCUUAUUCUUAGCAUGGUUAAGAAAUGGAGACCCAAGUUUACUACAGUCUCUUUCUCUUUCUUCUCUCUCAUGAUGAAAUGGGUCUGGUGCUCAGUUUUUGAGUGAGAAAGUGUACAGAUAUAGAUAUAGAGAGAGAAGAGAGAGGCUUUGGAUUUUCUCUUUUUGAUGAGUGAUUAUAAUCGCUCGGGGAAUUUGCUUUGUUUUUAUGCUGUUCUUGGUUGUGAAAUUUGAUUCUUUUUUGCUAUAAAUGGGAAUUUAGCUUAGUUUUUCUCCGAUCUGUGACUUUUCAUUCCAAUCUGUUAUUGUAUUUCCCGUUUUUUAAUCAAUUUUUUUUUUCCCGUUCAAAUCUUUAAUCUACACCCUUUGAUUUUUGGAUGAUGAUGGUAGAGGUCCGAAUUAUCUCAGUUCCUUGUCCUAUAAUUUCCUGUCGAGAAAAAAAUUGUUUUAUUCUUUUCCCCUCUUUGUUUAUUUCAGAUCUAAUCUGAAAGUCGAAGAGAACCCAGAGAAGUUAAGCUCUCCAUUUGUAUCUUCAUUUUGUGCCAAAAAUCUUUAGAUCUAGCCUGCAUCUUGUAUAUUGCAGCUCAGAUGCACCGAAAAAACUCUUAUUUUUGAAUUUAAAAAUCCGUAGUUUUAUCGUACUUCACGUUCAAUGAGUACUACAUAGUAUAUUAGUUGAUUAGUAGCUUUCCGGGUUUUUCACCCCCCCAAAAAUCACAUAUAUUUUGGGAGAGCCGUGUUAUUUAAAGAUCGGGUCAGCUAGGGUAAAAAAGGAACAGAUGCAUUCAUUUCAGAGUAUGCUGAAUUACUUCCCUGAGGAAGUAUUAGAGCAUGUAUUCGACUUUUUGACAUCGCAUCGGGACCGAAAUGCUGUGUCUUUGGUUUGCAAGUCCUGGUAUGCGGUCGAGAGAUUCAGCAGAGAGAAGGUUUUCGUAGGCAACUGCUACGCCAUCAGCCCGGAGAGGCUGAUUGCGAGGUUCCCAAGGUUUCGGUCGUUAACGCUAAAAGGGAAGCCCCAUUUUGCCGAUUUCAACUUGGUCCCCAAUGACUGGGGCGGAUACGUGCAACCCUGGAUCGAGUCCAUAGUGAGAGGCGGUGUGAAUCUCGAGGAACUAAGGCUGAAGAGGAUGUUGGUUUCUGAUGAAAGCCUCGAGCUGCUUGCAACUUUUUUCCCCAAUUUCAAGUCUUUGGUUUUGGUUAGCUGUGAAGGAUUCACCACGGAUGGUCUUGCUGCCAUUGCAUCAAAUUGCAGGUUUCUUAGGGAGCUGGACUUGCAAGAAAAUGAAGUUGAGGACCGAAGAGGGCAGUGGCUUAGCUGCUUUCCUGACAGCUGCACUUCUCUUGUCUCUUUGAAUUUUACAUGCCUCAAGGGAGAAGUUAAUUUGGCGUCUCUAGAGAGAUUGGUUGCAAGAUGUCGUAAUCUUAGAAGUCUGAGGGUUAACAAUGCAGUGCCUCUUGAUGCUCUCCAGAGAAUUUUAGCACAAGCACCACAACUAGUGGAUUUAGGGACUGGGUCGUUUGUCCACGAUCCCGACACAGAGUCAUAUAACAAAUUAGAAACUUCUAUGCAGAAGUGUACGUCAAUCACAAGCUUGUCAGGGUUCUUGGAUGUCUCUGCACGCUGCUUGCCUGCCGUUUACCCGAUUUGCGGACAAUUGACUUCGUUGAAUCUGAGCUAUGCUCCAGGAAUCUAUAGUGAUGAGCUUGUAAAGUUAAUUUGCUACUGCAACAGAUUAGAGCGACUAUUGGUUUUAGAUACCAUUGGGGAUAAAGGGCUCGGUGUUGUGGCCUCAUCUUGUAAAGAACUGCAGGAAUUGAGAGUCUUCCUAUCCGAUGUCUAUGGCAUUGGCAAUACAGCUGUAACUGAAGAAGGAUUAGUUGCGAUAUCAGCUGGUUGUCCCAAGCUCAAUUCAAUACUCUAUUUCUGUCAGCAGAUGACCAAUGAAGCACUCAUUAUGGUUGCCAAAAAUUGCCCCAAUUUCAUUCGCUUCCGACUGUGCACGCUUAACCCAACUGUACCGGAUGCCAUAACCAUGCAACCAUUAGAUGAAGGUUUUGGGGCAAUUGUCAAAUCAUGCAAGGAUCUUAAGCGGCUAUCUAUCUCUGGCCUCCUGACUGAUCAAGUUUUCCUUUACAUUGGAAGGUAUGCUAAGCAGCUUGAAAUGCUUUCGAUAGCCUUUGCUGGAGAUAGUGACAAGGGAAUGCUCUGUGUGUUGAAUGGAUGCAAGAAGCUCAAGAAGCUGGAGAUCAGGGAUUGCCCCUUUGGCAAUGUGGCACUUCUAGCGGACAUGGGGAAGUAUGAAACAAUGCGAUCCCUUUGGAUGUCGUCCUGUGAAGUGACCUUUGGAGCUUGCAAAACCCUUGCCCGGAAGAUGCCAAGGCUCAACGUUGAGAUCAUUAAUGAAAAUGACCAGAUUGAGGCUAGUUUUGAUGAUAAGCAGAAAGUAGAGAAAAUGUACCUGUAUAGGACAUUGGUUGGGCCCCGGAAAGAUGCACCAGGUUUUGUGUGGACGUUGUAGCUGCAUUUUGCUUGUAUCAUUCAUUUUUCUGUAUCAUUUAGCUGUAUUUUGUUGACCAAGUGUUCAUGUUGCUAGUUCAAUGGUGUGGUUCAAUAGUUCUUUAUUGUUUAUUAAUUUAAACUUAAGUUCUGUAAUUUUUGUUGAUAUUGACCAUUUUCAGUGCUAUCAAAUUACUGGUGAACUACAUUUAAA